AUGGAAGAACGCUUGAAGUGUGGCCCAAGCAAUGACCGAGAUCCAGAUGCAUGUGAUGACGACGCAAGGCUAGACACCCAAACUACUCCCAGUGUAGCCAUUAUUGCUGGGGAUAUUUCCAUUGUACGAGAACUACUUGAAAAUUGUAGCGCUGAUGCCGAUUUAGACAACAGAUAUUUUGGAAGACCUUUACAUCUUGCCGCGAGUUACGGAAGGAUCAAAAUCAUUGAAAUUUUGCUUGAUUGA